UUAAAUUUCUGUCUGUCGUCUGACACAUAUAGUUUGACAAGUAAGCGCGUUUUGGUUUUAGGAAGCAGGAACGCAGAAAUUUGUGAUGUAAAAAGAGAAUAAUAAAUGUUUGUUGAUAAUCAUGGCGAAUCCUAGGAAAUUUAGUGAAAAAAUUGCCCUCCAUAAUCAAAAGCAAGCUGAGGAGACGGCUGCCUUUGAAAAAAUUAUGCGUGAAGUUUCCGACGCAACCAAUAAGGUGAAUACAAAUAAUAGAAGAGCAAGAAUAAAUGCUACAAUAGAACUGAGUGAUAAAGAUUCGGAGACUGUUCAAAACCAACAAAAUGUGGGUUCGUUCAGAAGCGGUUCACUACCUAAUGUUGCCGCUCCACAACUGCCCACCUCUGAACCAGAGAUUGUUAAGCCAGAGGAAACACCAUUAGUAUCACAAUACACAAUGUCCGGGGGCAGGAGUGGGGGUAUGUCUCCCUCGCCCCGAUCCCCGGGUCAAAGAGGACGAGCCUCAUCAUCUGUUGGACCAAUGAGACGGCCGGCAGACCGCAAGCAUGACACUAGUCCAUAUGGUAGCAAUGUAUAUCUGAGUCCACCACCAGACAGCAACUGGCGCAGGACGAACAGUGACUCGGCACUGCACCAGUCGUGUGGUGAGCAGCAAUCCACCGCGCCGCCACUCUCACCCCACCACCCCUUGCAUUCCCAUGCGCACCCGCAUAUGCCUCACCAGAAUCAUAGACGAGCUGCAAAUAUCCAUUUAGAUGUUCUAGCAACGUUUGGAAUGAGUCCCUCGAAUCGUCCGAGAUCGUCGUGUGAAAUCCCACGGAUACCAAAUAAUAACAACGUGUACGAGAGCGGCGGGGACGGUGGGGGCGGAGGUGGAGGCGUUGGGGGCGGGGGCUUAGGGUGCGGCGAGCUGCAGGUGCCGGGGGGCUCGCUGCCCGACCUCACCUCCGUGCACUUCCCUCCGCCGCACUACCUGCCGCUGCGCACCUCGCCCGACUACCACCACAGUGCGAGCCCCAGUUCCCCUGGAGCGGUGUCCCCUGGCGGGGGUAGCAUCUCUCCCGCCACGGGGGGCCUCUCGCCCGCCUCGGGCUCCCCCGUGGGGGCCACAGUGCCCCUCUCUAAUAUGCACCCACCGGACCACUCGUUAUACGACACGCAAAAUCACUUAUCUGUACCAAACACAAAUAAUUAUCUCCAUCAUAGUAAGAACAUGUCUCCUUUGGAUCACAGCUGGCUCGCAUCGAGCUAUCAGCCACACUGCAGUCCGCCUUCACAAUAUUCUUCGACAUCGAAUAUCCCUUCACCAACGAUGGUCCACAGUCCCGGUAGUCCGGUAGAGUCACCGCAGACAGACUACAGCAACCUCCACCAAGUGCUAUUACAACCCUUCGAGCAAAUCACGAUGCAAGGAGUUGACUGGGCGCAGUUGGUGCAGAGUCUCGUGGAGUCGGGCUGGACCGCGCACGUUCAAGUCGCGGAAAACCUGGAUCCACCGACGUCGAGUUACAACACGACGUAUAUUAAUCACAGCUCACCUCACUCACCUCAGACAACGAAUACGCAACACACAUAUUCAAGGUCGUCGACGUCACCGGGAAUCCAUACGCAGACGCACACGUACCCGUCGUCGGGUGAGAGCCGGGCGAGGGACCCCGUGGCCGGGGGCUUCCCCCUCGCCUCACCCUCGCCCGCCACCCCCGCCACACCUGCCACGCCCGCCUCCAUCCCCGACAUCAUACUCACGGAUUACUCGGGUGAACUAGACGCGAGCAUAUUCGGCGGCGAGGAAGCCCAGCUCCGGGCGGGUCUGGACCUGGACGACCUGAGCCUGUUGGAGGAACCUAGUGCUUUACUACCUGACUCUUCCGUGGAACACGAGUUCCGAAUGGACCGGAUCGACCGCAUGUUAUAAGUAAUCGCUGUUUUGGUGUCGUCGAAAUGGUUUUUAUUAAAUUUGGAAAAUUGUGGCUGACGAUUCUUCAUUCUUAGCAUUUACGUCGUUCGAUGCAUUUAACAUUUUCAAACAAGUGCAAUUACGAUGGGAAUUACUGAUUUUUUUUUUGGUUUUUUUUCAUGACAAUUUGUAUAGUUUCAAUGUGUUAGGAUUGCCUGCUCUGGUUUAAUUCAUAAUUGCUACUGUCGGAAACGGCUCGUAGCAAUUACGAAUACCCGGGCGUAGACGGAUUGUGGUAUUACGCCGGUACUCAUCACACAUUCCCUAUCGUUAGUACUGACGGAACAGGUUCUCAGAUAGUCGAUUUGAGAGCAGGACAGGGAAAUGACCAUACGGAAAUCAUUUUUAUUAAGUCAGACCCCUCUGUUAUCUAUGAUAGAUACUAUUUUACUUUCAGGUUGAAUUUCAUUUA